AUGUUGAUUUUCAAUAACACCACAUCCUCCUUCUCCUCCGGCUUCCUCCUCACUGCCUACCCUGGGCUGGAACUGGUUCACACCUGGAUCUCCAUUCCUGUCUUUUGCCUCUACACCAUUGCCCUGGUGGGAAACAGCAUGAUCAUGCUCGUGGUUAUCACUGAGCGCAGUCUUCACAAGCCGAUGUACUAUUUCCUCUCCAUGCUCUCGGCCGUGGAUCUCUGUCUGACCGUCACGACUCUUCCUACAGUGCUCGGGGUUCUCUGGUUCCAUGCCAGGGAGAUCAGCAUAAAAGCGUGUCGAAUUCAAAUGUUCUUCAUGCAUGGCUUCUCCUUCCUGGAGUCCUCCGUGCUGGUAGCCAUGGCCUUUGACCGCUACAUGGCCAUCUGUAACCCACUGAAUUAUGCCAUUGUCCUCACAGACAUGAUGAGCCUGGUGACUGGACUCACCAUCCUCAUACGACAAGUCGUUUUCAUGUUUCCCUGCGUUUUGGCUGUGAGCACUGUGUCUUUCCAGGGCGGCAAAGAGCUCUCCCAUCCAUUUUGCUACUACCCAGACCUGGUCAAAUUUACCUAUACCAACCCCUGGGUCAAAAACUUUUGGGGAAUGUUUCUGCAGUUCUACCUGAAUGGCACUGAUUUACUGUUCAUUCUCUUCUCCUAUAUCCUGAUCCUCCGCACGGUUCUGAGCAUCGUGGCCCCGAAGAAGCAAAAGAAAGCGCUCAGCACGUGUGUCUGCCACAUCUGCGCGGUGACGGUCUUCUACGUGCCCAUGAUCAGCCUGUCUUUAGCCCACCGUCUGUUCACCUCCACUCCCAGGGUGAUCUGCAGUGUUCUGGCCAAUAUGUACCUGCUCUUGCCUCCUGUACUGAACCCCAUUAUAUACAGCUUGAAGACCAAGGUGAUCCGCCGGGCCAUAUGCCAGCUGUUCAAAUUCAAGGGUUCACGGGACCCCAAUAGGAGGAGCCUUAGAGGAAGGUGGAAUUGA